AGACAAUUUUGUUAGCACAUUCAUUCAUUGACCUGAAACCCAAGCUCCAGGCUCUCUCAUCUUUCUGUCCUCGGCGUACACGGCGAUGAAGACUCUUAGGGUUUUGUUCCUUGCUCUUCUUCUCCUUGCAUCUCCUCUACUUCAAGUUGCUAGAUGCCAAUCAAACUCCGAGGAUCCAGCCAACACUGUUGGAGAUUCUGUCGAAGAAGGCGGUGAAGUUGGGGUUAUCGGGGAUGAUGAGCAGGAUGUUGCUGAUGUGGUCUUGAGCUCAGCUCCGGGAAUUGAAACAGUCUGUGUUUUCCCGAAAAACAGUGCAAAAUUGGUUUCAGCUGGGGAAGAGACUGAACUUCUUGUUGGUCUAAAAAAUGAUGGGCAGUCAGCCGUCGGUGUUAUUGGAAUCAAGGCCAGCCUUCAUCUUCCUUUUGAUCACCAAUUGCUGGUUCAAAAUCUAACCAUGCUGAGCUUCAACAACGCAUCCAUCCCAACAUCUGUUCAGGCUACUUUCCCAUACAUCUUUGCAGUCAGCAAGUUCCUGCAGCCUGGCACUUUUGAUCUCGUGGGAACCAUUAUCUAUGAGAUAGACGAACAGCCUUACCAGAGUGUCUUCUACAACGGUACCAUCGAGGUUGUUGAAUCUGGUAGUCUCGUCAGCAGUGAAUCUGUGUUCCUUGUCGUCCUUGGCAUUGCUCUACUUCUCCUCCUUGGCGUGUGGGUCCAUAGCCAAGUACAGCGUCUCACCAAGAAAACCAAAAAGGUGGCAAAGGUUGAAGUAGGAACCAGGAGUGUAGAUGCUUCACUGGAUGAAUGGCUCGAGGGAACCUCUCUCGCCAAGUCGUCCUCGGGGAAAUCGAAGAAGAAAAACUGAAUCAGAUGCUGCGGGUUUGUUGACACGAGGAGGUUGGCAAAUCCGGGGCAAAUACAGUUUAACCAUGUCUUGGCAAACGGCCAGAUUUGGGGGGGUUUCAGUAUUUUGUAGCAUUUAGACUCUCUUCUUUGUAUUUUUUUUUUUUUUGGGGUUAUCUAUACAUACUUCUCACGUGGAACACCCAUAAGUUAACUCUCUUUCUGUCCCCCCCUCGGACCUAGGCAGUUUUCUUGAUCUUAAGAAGAGAAGGUUUUUUGCUUUA